GUCAUCCUCCGCAAUGCAUAUUGGGAGCGAAGACGGCCAUUUUCCGGUGUCGAUGGCGGACUGCAGACGAAGACAACGAAAACCGCACCUUUUUUCGCACAAAUUAUGAACUCUAUAAGUCAGAGAUACCAGUAGAUAGAUUUAUCGGGCGCCAGAGAAACUAAUAGAGCUGCUCGGGAUGAAGAUGACAACAAAUACUACCAUUUCACAGGAGGAACUUUUAACGGACACAAAGACUGUAACAAAAGGCUUAGAGACUCUGAAAUCAGAGCACAAUGGCAUCCUCGGCUCCUUACUGGAGUCGCUCAAGUCCAUCAAGAAGGAAGGCGUGGACUCCAACCUGGUGGAGGAGAAGGCAGCCAUCAUCAGGAAAUCACUGGAACAGAUAGAACUGGGCCUGGGAGAGGCACAGGUGAUGGUUGCCCUUGCCAACCACCUGAAUGCGGUGGAGUCGGAGAAGCAGAAGCUGCGUGCGCAGGUGCGGCGGCUGUGCCAGGAGAACGCCUGGCUGCGGGACGAGCUGGCCAACACGCAGCAGAAACUGCAGAUGAGCGAGCAAAACGUGGCCCAGCUGGAGGAGGAGAAGAAACAGCUGGAGUUCAUGAACUCCCUCAAACAGUAUGAUGAAGACAAGACACCCACAGAUGAUGACCAAUCAGAGGCCUCGAGUCAAACAAUAGACGACCUGUUCCCAGAUGAAAGUGAAGACUCCCAAGCAGGUGGAGUCUCCCCACAGAUGAGCAGCGCGGCCGCGGCGGCGCAGCAGGGCGGGUACGAGAUCCCUGCACGGUUGAGAACGCUGCACAACCUGGUGAUCCAGUAUGCCUCGCAGGGCCGGUACGAGGUGGCCGUGCCGCUGUGUAAGCAGGCGCUGGAGGACCUGGAGAAGACGUCGGGUCACGACCACCCAGAUGUCGCCACCAUGCUCAACAUUCUCGCUCUAGUGUACAGGGACCAGAAUAAGUACAAGGAGGCAGCAAACCUGCUGAACGAUGCUCUGGCCAUCAGAGAGAAGACACUUGGGGAGGAUCACCCAGCUGUUGCUGCCACCCUCAACAACCUGGCUGUGCUUUACGGCAAGCGAGGGAAGUACAAGGAAGCUGAGCCACUCUGCAAGAGAGCCCUGGAGAUCAGAGAAAAGGUUCUUGGGAAGGACCAUCCCGAUGUGGCCAAGCAGCUGAACAACCUGGCUUUGCUGUGUCAGAACCAGGGCAAAUAUGAAGAGGUUGAGUGGUACUACCAAAGAGCUCUAGAAAUCUAUACCAACAAGCUCGGACCCGAUGACCCUAAUGUUGCCAAGACCAUGAACAACCUGGUGGAAAUAUACUAUCAAAGAGCAGUUGAGAUUUAUACCCGCAAGCUAGGACCUGACGAUCCAAACGUUGCCAAGACCAUGAACAACCUGGCCUCUGCCUACCUAAAGCAGGGAAAGUACAAGGCGGCUGAGACUCUGUACAAGCAGGUCUUGACACGGGCACACGAGAAGGAGUUCGGAGCUGGCUCUGACAGUAAACCCAUCUGGAUGCAUGCAGAGGAGAGAGAAGAGAACAGGGGAAAGUUCAAAGACACUCCAUACGGUGACUAUGGUGGUUGGCACAAGGCAGCCAAAGUUGACAGCCCCACAGUAACGACCACCCUGAAGAACCUGGGCGCUCUGUACCGGCGCCAGGGCAAGUACGAGGCUGCCGAGACUCUGGAAGACUGCGCCCUCAGAUCACGUAAACAGGCGCUAGAUAUCGUACGGGACACCAAAGUCCGUGAAAUCCUGAACGAGACUGGAACACACGACGGAGACGAGAAGAGAAAGCGCGAGAAGUCCCGUGAGCGCGGGGACUCCGAGAGUGUGUCGUAUGAGAAGCAUGAUGGGACAGAAGAAGUGAGUAUUGGCGCGGAGUGGAGCGGGGAUGGUAAUGGCAAGCUCAAACGUAGCGGAUCAUUCUCCAAACUGCGUGCAUCCAUCCGACGCUCCAGCCAGAAGCUCUUCAGUAAGGUGCGCGGGGGCUCCGAGUCAAAAGACACCGGUGGAAGCAUGAAGCGUGCUAGUUCCCUGUCUGUCAUCAACACCUCUCGGGCCAGCGAGGAACAGUAUCAGGCCGGCCGCCGUGCCAGUGGCAGCCUCGCCGCCCGCAGCAGCAGCCACGACCAGCUGAUGGACGGCAGGUCUGCAGAGGCACCCUGAACUCCAACCUCUGACCUGUAACCUCCGACCUGACAGGUUAUGGGUAUCAAGGGAAUCUCAAUGACGAAAAAUAGGCUUCUCAACUUGUAAAGGAAUGAUUGAAUUUUAUGUAUAUUGUUGAUGGGGAAUACAUGUAACAACAUUUUCACUUGUACUUACUGCUCCACAUCUUACUACUUACAAACAAAUCACAAAAAUUACAGAUGGUCACUGGGACUAGGAGGUGUUGUCAUACCACAAGACUUACAGGUCUGAAAGGGAGUUAGGGUACAAUAGUAUUGUGGAAUGUAAUGCUUCUCUUAAAGCUGACAAGAGUGUGUAUGGAUGUACAGUAUAGGUCAGUCAUGAUAACAACAUGUGAGUCAGUUAAUUAGUUGGGUUUCUGAAAUUAAAAAAAUUAGAAUAGAACACAAGCACAAAACAACUUCUACAGAUUACAUACCUAGAAACGUAACAUACAUGAGGUGAUUAACAUGAGCAGUUGAGUCCAUUCAGAUCACUGUGAGCUUGCACAAUCUUCUCAUGAUAAGAUAAUGUUAAGACCAAACCAAGAAGUUGUAAAUGUCUACAUAUAUGCCUAGUCUGCUGUGGUGCAUCACCCCUUACUAUGACUUCUUCUGCACAUCAGAUGUGUAGCUUGACAUGGUCAGAUCAGUUCCAUGCACAUUCUGGUGAAAACCACUUGCAGUUCAGAGAUUCUCUGAUAGGUGUCACACCCAUAAGGGCCUGACUAGAAGAUCAAGUUUACCCAACACGAUGAUGAAGCUGAUGUUCCCCUUGUGUGAUAUUUUUGCUAUGAUUGUUCUCUAGGACUGCAGCCUAUAAAGGGUAACUGUAAAUAGUGUCUAACCUGAGAACAGCUGAUCUGCCUUUUAGUCCUCCGCUUGUGUGUAUGCUGCCUGUGUGAAUGUAUGGUGCUCUGUCUUGUGCUUAGGGAGAAAGUUUUGGGAUGUGAGAAACCUGUAGGACACACCAGCAAGUCAAAGUUCUGUGAACUUUACCACUCAAAUUAGAUUAUCUGUCUAAAAGAAUUAAGAAAUCACAGCUUUGUGCUGGGCAUUAGUUUGAACAGACAAAAGUCACCAACACUACCAGUAAUAGCUACAAUGUACAAGUAAUAAUAAAAGCUACUGUUAUAAAUACAAGGUAGUGCAUUAGAGAAUUUUGACAAGCUCCAAAAAGUUGGCUAUUGUCAUCAAUCUUUUUUUUUCAGUUAUUACUGGUAGGCUUGUUUUGAAAGUCUAAGGGCUUAUCUAAGAGCAUUAAAAUGUGAUUGUGUGGCCUGAUGAGGGAAUGGAAACUGUUCUGUACAUUAGAUGUUCCUCUAUUAUGGUUCAAACGUGUAAACUACACUUCAGCAACAAUAAGACAAAGAAGAGCAAUUACAUGUACACCUCCAGGUACAGUGUGCUAUGCAGUGGUGUAUGCAUCACUUUGCAAAAUCUACAAGCCAUUGAUAUCCAGCACAAACUACAUUACUUCAAAUUUGUAGACAACCUGACCGCCCUAGUCACAAUAUUUACCAGCUAGCUUGUAUCAUUGCAGCAUCAUGGAUACAUUCCUGUGUGAUGUGUGACACCGUCCACGUCAGAAAUGGUCGCCACUCACUUGGUGCUCAAACCUUUUAAUUUAUUGCCUCAUGAAUGGUUGAAGUUUUGGAUAAAUGAGAAGCAAUUGUAAUGUAGUGACUGUAUACUUAUGUGAAAUCUUGAUUGUAUUAUGUACAAUUUGAGUUGCAUUGAGGUAAGGAGUAAGAAGUGUUGUGUAUGUAAAUAUCUCAAGAAAGGCUUCAUGAUAUUACCUCAUUGUAUCUCAUAUUCUUCCAAAGACAUUGCUGAUUAGUUCCUCCAUUCAUUCACCCUUCCAGCUUUUGUGUAAUGUUAAAUGCCAGAAGUCAAAUAUGCAGACAGACACAUACUUCAGUAAGAAAUUGAGCCACCUAAUUGGCAGGCAUGUGUAUGAAGCUGCUCAGGUUACUUUUUUUGUCUCAAGAUACUGAGGGUAAUGGACAUAAGUUGGAGAACAACCUACCAUCAUUACAACCAGUUUCUUCAGUUCUCUCUCUUUUUUCAAGAACCAAGAAAUGAAAUCAAUGUGGCCUGAUUUAGCAUUGGUUGAUUUGGUGGCCUAAACAGAUACUGGUAAUCAAUCUGCACUUUUAAAAAUUAAUACAUUUACAAGCAGAGAACAAUGCAUAGACUUUACAGCAACCUGAUUAUCUUUUGGUUAAAUGUGUUAUUAAUUGGGGGGACAAUCGUGUGGAACAUUUUAAGUUGACAGUUCUGUCCAUUUGCCAACCCAUGCUGAAAAGAUGUGAGAAGGUGUUUAGAUGAAGAUUCAUGCAGGAAUGUUGGGGGUUCAGAGGUGAGCUUUGUCUUCGACCCAGCCUGCUAACUGUGGUUAUGGGCAUGUGAAAGCCUGUGGCAACUCUCACCUCUGCCACUCUCAGCUUCCUACAAGUGGAAGGCAUUGUCUGACACCAUCGCAUGGUUUGUAAACCUUGUAAAACAAUUGCAAGAACCUUACUUUUCUGAUGAGGAACCUUGCCCUAAAUUGGUACUACGAAAGUACCUAUUCCAAGGCCUGUUCUCUUUGUAUUAUGGUUUUCGAGAAUGCCCUUUGUACAUGAACAGGUUGGUUAGUUACACAUACAGUUAGGCCACAGGAGUUCAUUCCUUGGUUCCGAGAUAUGUUUUGAAAUAAUGAAGAAUUUUGCUGAAACACAACCAGAUAUGUUUUGAAAUAAAUGAUUUGAAGAAUUUUGCUGAAACACAACCUGAAAAUAUUGCAUAUAGUGUAAUGAAUUGAGUGUAUAGCCACUACCUAUCAUAACACUCAAGACAAACCAUUACAUUGAUUUAGUUUUCGAGAAGCUACUCUGGUCUUACUAAUGCAGCUUGAAGGUUCAGCUUCAACUUUUACCAAAAAUCUGCGCAUAUUGUAUUCAGAACAUGUCAAAUGAUUUCUUGAAGCAAGACUGCUUUACACAGUAAGAAAACAGUUAAAAAGAUGAACUUUGUAGUGCACACAACAAUGCGACAAGUUACCUGCUUAUGUACACAACCUAGCAGGUGUAUGCAGAACUGCACCAUGUGAUAGAAUAAAUGCUUUGUGCUGAUU